AUGUUUGUCUGCUCGUCACCUGCCCUGGUGGACGUAACGCAGCUGCGCACUCGCUACGGCGAGUCUCAAGCUCGGGGCGGAGUUGAGCAGCAAGAAGAUGUGGAAGAGGAAGACGUAGAGGGAGAGGAGGAGACGGAAGUGGAAGUAGACCAACAUACGAAACGGAACAAUCAACAAUCGCCUUAUGCAGACCAGCCUGGAGACGAGGAGCCAGCUGAAGACGAAGGGCGCGCUGACGAGCUCGAAGUAAUCCGGAGUGACAGCCGCAAAGAAGGUCCAGCCAGCUCUCGCAACAGAAGCAAGCGAUCAGCUAAGCAGAGCAAUCGCGCAGAGAAGCCAGCAAGAACUAUGGUCAGAACGCGGGAGAAGAUCGUCGCGCAACCUCCUGACGGCCCUCGUACUUUCCGGAUCGGCCGCAUGCUUAACUUGGAAGAGCCUGGUCAACAGCAGGAUGAAGAGCACAUGUACGCCAUCGUGGUUGCAAUGUAUGAGCCUUCCAAAGCAGUGAAGUAUUCCUGCGUGUAUUCGUGGGAAAUCAACGGCCGUAAGGUGGGCAGUUUCUCGGCGACCACAGACAUCGCCAACAUAUACUAUGCUUACAACGCAGCUGAUGGCGAUCUCUUGAAGUUUACACCAGAUACGCUCUUUGCAAACGCUGACAGCCGUAGAGCGCUGGGCCCAGCAUUACAAGGUCUCGCUGCUGGCCGCCGCCAUGCCGACCUUCCUGCUAUAGGACGUCCGCAAGCAUGUCCCGUGAAGGGCACUCUUCAGCACAAUAUCAACCUUCCAAAUUCGCCGCAUCCAGAGAGGGGCGAGGACUCACAGCGGCCGAUUAAGGUAGUCUUCGAAUAUGUCAACGAUAGUCUGGACAAGGACCUUGGACUUCCCAUAAACAACCAGUGCAGCCUGCAAGAAGAUGAUCAGGGCAACUUUGUCCAGGACGACUAUGCCUCCUUCCGGACGGAAGUGCUCUCUCAUCAGGUUGUUGAGGGGACUUGGGAGGAUUACACCGUGGAUGAGCUGUUGAACCAAGACCAACAUCCACGUUUCGAAUACUUGCGCGAGAUCGAGAUUUGGGUCAUGCCACAAUGGACCCGUCAAGAACUCUACAGCUGGACACGGCAGCCGCACCUCAUGCCUUCUGAUUUCAUAGAAUAUGCUGUGUCUGAUCAAGAGGACCGGGAGCUGUACAUUGAAGUACACAUCAAAAGGCAAGAUGACUGGGUUCAGGCGCAGGACACCUAUUGGGAUACGAAACUCGACACAUUUAUUGCAGCACAGAGGGCAAGGAUGAAUCCAUGGCGUCAGUUGCCGUCAUACAGUCAUAGGCAGUUCCGAACGGAUAUCCAAGCAGCUGCGGGUGGCGUUGCACAACGUGGCCGCGGACAGACAGGUAGAGCUGUUGGUGCUCGGCGCGGUGUUGGUCGGAUUACAAAACCUGGCUCGAGGAAAGCUUCGACCGCUGCACGAGCUGCCGCGGACAGAGGAUGCACGUCUCGGAGGAACAAAAGAGGGAGUGCCAGAAACGGUAGGCCUGGCAGUGGCGGAUCGGGUGGCACAUCCGUGUAA